GAUUUAAAUGUCGGGUUACACAACUGUCUGCAGAGGAAGCAUCUUGUCAAAUGUUUUUUUUUAGAACAGUAGGAUCCUGGUGAUCCUGGCCUAUCAAGACUCUGCAGGUUCGCUGAGUAAUCCACAAUUUAUCUGACUAACUCAUCGAGAUUUCGAAGGAGGAAAAUCGAUGGUUAUAAAUCUGUGAUCUAACUUCAGUGUCCGCCCCGCGAACAUGCACCAAGGUCCCCUCUUGCCUCAACGUUUGUCUCCCCUGACGCCGAGGGAUUAAGCUGGGAGGGUGGAGAGAGAGAGAGAGAGAGAGAGAGAGAGAGAGGAGGAGGAGGACAGAAAAAAAGGAGAAAGAUUUCAGCACCGGAGCUGUCCACGGCACUUGAAGAAGUCUCUAUUCCUGCCAAGGAGGGGAAACUGCUUCCGAUUGUAAAUGAUCUCUUGUGGACUGUGAGGAGGAAGGAAUAAUAAACUGCUCUGCCAUUCAUCUCUCUGCGGGGCUACCGACUGGCCAGGAAAGGCGCACAUAUUUCAUUCGAGCAAAGUCUUGCCAUGCUGGACGGCCGGGCUUGAGACAGAGAGGAUAAAGUGAGAACAGCAGCCCUUCACUCUUUACGCCAUGGGGAGUGCUUAUGUCAAAGAAGCAGCAGGUGGAGAAGGUGCAGAAGUGCAACGCCGUCGUCUCCGCCUUCCAAGCAACUGUCAAGGAGCGCGCCAUAGUCAAACAGAUAGAAGAAGUGGAGGAAGCUGAAGCCAAAUCUUCAGCCAGUCCUGACGAAAAGAACACAGAGGAGGCAGAGAAAGAGGAAGCGGACAGUACCGCAGGCCCGUCAACCUCCCAACAGGCCACAGCGUCAGCCAGAGAUGAGUGUAAGGUCAACCAGGAGGCAUGGUCGAGGUUACGGGACGGGAAAGGAGUGGAACCUGAAGAUAUGGACAAGACCCACCAGCUCACACCGCCUGCUUACGUGCGACCCAAAAGGGAAGCCGAUGAUGACCAGCCCAUAGAGAUUGAGCUGGAAAAUAAAGAGCAGCCACCGAGCGAUGAGAUGUGUGAUGUGUGUGAGGUGUGGACGGCAGAUGACCUGUAUCCCUGCAGGAUCUGCACUCGAGUGUUCCACGACGGCUGUCUGAGAGAGCUGGGCUAUCUGCGCGCCGAGGCCCUGCAAGAGAUGAGAGAUACAGCCCACACUGUUACCGGCUGGAGCUGCUACUAUUGUGAUAAUGUGAAUCUACUCCUAACAGAGGAGGAGAUGUACAGCCUUAUGGAGACCUUCAAUCAGUGCAAGAUUAUUCCAGAGUCAUGCCUGGUGUCAGAUGAGCUGCUGCAGUACCGCCACUUUGCAUCCAAACAGCUAUUCGAUAAGGACCUGACUGAUGAGCAGGAAGAGGAGGUCUUGUCCCAGUUUACAGCACUGGACCCCGAGAAGAAGGGUCACAUUGAGUGGUCCGACUUCCUCUACUUUGAAUCCCUUGCAGUAUUAAGGAAGUUACGCACAGAGAACUCCCUUGUGCGUCUGUUGACUGCCAAGGAGAGAGACACUGCACGGUCAGUGUUCAAGGGCCUGGUCCUGGAUAAAGACGGAGUGAUCACAAGGGCAGAAAGCCGCCAGGCCCAGCAGUCCUGGUUCCACAAGCUCAACAAAGAACCACAGUCUUGCAAUGUGAGACUCAUGGGACUCUGCUCUCCUAUUAAUUGUGGUAUAAGUCAUGUUGGCCCCAUAUGUGAGAGCAGUCCUGCCAGCUCUGGAAGUGAACGAAGCAAGACUGAUGAAAGCAGGCCAGUGACCUGGGCAGACUUUUUAAGGGAGAGCGCCAUCUAUAUCGUGGCUGCAAGGCCGAAUAGUUCUGCCAUGCACAUCCGUCUGCCUCUAUAGUCCAGGAGCCUCGACUGCACCCAGCAGAGAGCAGGAGAGAGAUAGAGGGUGAGCCCUAUAGAGCCUACAGAAGAGUGACUGCACGGUGACGUAGGGACUGCAACCGAAAGGAACAAGAUGAAGCACUGAGAGACAGCAGAUCAAGCCAUCGACAGAAUCUCUCCUCCUCUGCGAUACCUUAAAACCCACAACACUGACAACACACACACACUCACACACACGCUUGACUGACACACACAUCGCAAGUGACAGCAGCUGUCACAGGACCAAACUCAAAAAUCUGACGGCUUCCAACAAAUAUGAGAGAGAUAGGAAGCGAGGAAGACAAAACCACCUACUCAUGAAUAGUCAGUCAGUGCUGAAAGUUUUGAGAGCAAAAGAAUCAUGCACACUAUCAGACAAACUCACACUCUGCAUUUAACGUUAAACACUGCACUCUGUGGCCCUCUGACUUCAUAACACACCUCUCUAUGUUCAUUCCUUUUGGCCUAAUCUUGUCCUAAUUAUAGUUACAUGCUGCUGUAAUGGGAUUGUGUUAUUCACAUUCAAAGUUGUUAUUCACACUACACAGAGGCACAUGUAAAGUCAUUAUUUGUACUGUUUGAAAAAAAAACUGGAUAGGCUUUUUCGGGAGGAGAUGAACCCUGCAGCUGCCAUUAUCAGAACAUAUACCAAACAGGAAUGAAAGCUAUCCGCGUGCAUAUUAUAAGAACUACAAUUCAUACUAGUAUAAAUUAUUAUCAUGCAUUAAAAGCAGUAUUUAUUCCUGUAUCCUCUGAUAUAUCCCCCCCCUCCCCCGCAUUCUCAUUCAAGAAUCUAUGUUCCUCUGAAGUACUAACUGUGAGAAAGGAUGUGAAGUGAAUGUUAAUGAAAGCUAACCCAUUAAUCGAUGUGUAUAUAUACUGCCAUAUAGUACAUUUUGUCCCUGUUGUACUCAGAGCUGCACAUAGACAAGGUGGAAACAUCCGCCCUCUGGUUCUGCUGUCAUUAUUUGCACUGAGGGAAUGAGCUGUAGACAGACUACUGUUUGACAUAAUCACUUUAAUGAUAUACUGAAGUGGAAGAUGUGGUGCAAACACAUGCCUUUGUGUUAAUAUACUGAAGCACUGUUUAAGAAUUGUGGCUGGAAGUCUAUAAUGUUCAAUUUAUACAAGUUAAAUGCACAUAAACCUGCUCAUAGAAUCACUGGAAACGUACUGUAACAACUAGAACUUCAUUAAGUGUCGAUGCUGUGUAUUGAAGGCUCCGCCAUGAUGUGAAUGAAGUGUGUUAUUGACAUGGUUGGUGAUGGUCUGAGGGAUAUGUCACAUUGCUGAAAUAAAUGCAUGGCAUUUACUCUCCUUCAAGAGAA